CUGUUCGUGUCAUCGUUCACGUCGCUCUCCAUACAAACGCUGAAGAAGAAGAAGCGUUUGCGGAAGCACAUGUUCAAGUCAUAGCGAUGUGUUAAAUCUUUACUACCCGAGCAAUUUACGCAUCGAGAAGGUACGAUGGGUCGAGCAAUAAGACGUAAAAAGACCCCGAAGCCUGUUAAACAGCAGCAAUUUGAUGAAGACGAUCCAGAAGCAUACAAAAACGUACCUGUCCCUGAUAAAAACUCCAAGGACAUAAUUGAUGAGUUUCACGAUGAGAAGAUUAAGAAACUCCUCGCCAGUGGAGUCAAGUUGCAUAGUGAUGAGGAGGAACUGGAUGAUGAGGAGGAAGUGAUGGCCUUGGAUGAUUCCGAAACGGAUGAAGAUGAAAAUGAGGAGGAAGAGGAGGAGGGCACUGACAUGGAGAGCGAUCUCGAGGGGAAGAAAGAGGAAGAGCUUCCCAAUGAACUUGCCUGGGGCACCAAAAAGAAGAUUUUCUAUGACACUGACUACGUGGCCACAAAGGGAAAAAAGGCACGUGAUGAGUUGGUAGAGGAGGAAGAGGAGGAGGAAGAAGAAGCCAAGAAAAUCCAAAAUCGUUUGGCAGAACAGCUCAGCGAGGAGGAUUACGACUUGAACUUUUUCCAGGAGUUUGCUCCAGAGGAACAGACCGAGGAGACAGUUGUGGAAAAGGAGAAGAUUGUCAAGGACCUGAAGCAAAUGUCCCACAAAGAGAAAAUGAAACUGCUCAAGAAGGAGUCGCCCGAGUUGCUUGAACUCAUUCAGGACUUCAAGGCAAAGCUCACAGAAAUGAAGGACCAACUGCAGCCACUCAUGCAGAUGGUCAAAGAUGGAAGAAUUCCACCUGGGAAGGGUGCCGACUACCUGAAGACAAAACAUCAGCUUUACCUCAAUUAUUGUACAAACAUCAGCUUCUACCUGGUGCUCAAAGCCAAACGAAUCCCCGCUCACAACCACCCGGUCAUCGAACGACUGCUCGCUUACAGAAAUCUCAUCAAUAAACUGAGCUCAGUUGAUGAGCGCCUGGCGCCGCAGUACAGUAAGCUGCUGGCUGCUCAAGAGGACGACGAGAUCGCCCGCAGAGCAGCGGCUGAGAAGAAAGCUGGUUUGUCCGGCAAAAAAGACCAGGAUUCUGCCAAAGAGGUGCCAGAGAUGGUCGCUGCUUCUGACUCGGACCUGGACGAGGAGGCGGCGUUGCAAUUCUACAGAGAAGUGGAGCGAAGGAUGAAAUCGAAGAGGAAGAUAAAACCACAGAAAGAUGAAGAGGUGGACAUUGACGAGGAGGAGUUAGAUUCAGAGGCGAAGAGAGGCAUCACGUACCAGAUGGCCAAGAAUAAGGGGCUCACUCCCAAGAGGAAGAAGAUCGACCGCAAUCCUCGAGUCAAACACCGGGAGAAGUUUAGGCGGGCAAAGAUCCGCAGGAAGGGCCAGGUCCGAGAGGUUCGGCGAGAGGAGACGAGAUACAGCGGAGAACUGUCCGGUAUCCGUGCAGGAGUCAAGAAGAGUAUCAAACUCAAGUAACACCUCAAUGCACUGCAAAGCUUUGUUUAGUAGAAUGUGCUUGCACUUUUAAAAACCUGCAAUAGCAAAA